AGCUGACUGGUGCUGUCUUGUGUCCAGCCUGUUUCCUGGACUCCAUGGCGACACUGGGUCUCGCUGCCUACGGUUACGGCAUCCGGUAUGAGUUUGGCAUCUUCAACCAGAAGAUUUCCAAUGGCUGGCAGGUGGAGGAGGCUGAUGACUGGCUGAGGUACGGCAAUCCCUGGGAGAAGGCCCGGCCCGAGUACACCAUCCCCGUCAACUUCUACGGCCGAGUGGAGCACACCCCUGAGGGGGUCAAGUGGGUGGAUACCCAGGUUGUGCUGGCUUUACCUUAUGACACACCAGUGCCGGGCUAUAAGAACAACACUGUGAACACGAUGCGGCUGUGGUCUGCCAAAGCACCCAAUGAGUUUAAACUGGAGGACUUCAACGUUGGUGGCUACAUCCAGGCAGUCCUCGACAGGAACCUGGCUGAGAACAUCUCCCGCGUCCUCUAUCCCAAUGACAACUUCUUUGAGGGGAAAGAGCUGCGUCUGAAACAGGAGUACUUUGUGGUCGCUGCCACCCUGCAGGAUGUCAUCCGCCGCUUCAAGUCCUCCAAGUUCGGCAGCCGCGACGCUGUCCGAACCACCUUUGACGCGUUCCCCGACAAGGUCGCCAUUCAGCUGAACGACACCCAUCCUGCCCUGGCCAUCCCAGAACUCAUGAGGGUGCUGGUGGACAUUGAGCACCUGAGCUGGGAGAAGGCCUGGGAUGUCACGAUCCGUACCUGUGCCUACACUAACCACACGGUGCUGCCCGAAGCUCUGGAGCGCUGGCCCGUCCAGCUCUUCGAGUCACUGCUGCCGCGGCAUCUCGCUAUCAUCUACGAGAUCAACAGGAGGCACCUGGAGAACGUUGCUCGGAAGUUCCCGGGAGACAAUGACCGACUGCGCCGCAUGUCACUGAUUGAGGAGGGAACCACCAAGAGGAUCAACAUGGCUCACCUGUGCAUCGUCGGUGCUCAUGCUGUGAACGGAGUUGCCCGCAUUCACUCUGAGAUCCUGAAAAAGACCAUGUAAGUUCCCCGAGCAGUGGCCC